UCUUAUUCAAAUUUAAUCCACAGUUUAAUUUCAUAGUUGUUUACGUUAACGCCACAGCUAGUCACAAAUAAAAAAUAACAUUGACUAUUAACAUUUUGUGAUUAUUCCUCUGAAGAGUUAUUCCUCUUUUAUUGGUGUUUUGAUUGGAGUGUUGAUUUAAUUGUCAAAAUGGAGGCAAUCAAAAAGAAGAUGGCUUUUCUCAAAAUUGAGAAAGACAACGCCAUGGAUCGAGCCGAUGCAGCUGAAGCUUCUUUACGUGAAGCCGACUCUAAAGUUCAAAAGGCUCAAGAGGAAAUUCAAGCCCUAGAAAAGAGAUUAACUCAAAUUCAAGAGGAAUUAUUGUCAGCCACUGACCAUCUUGCUAAGGCCAAUGAAGAUCUUGACAGUAAGGAAAAGGCUCUUCAUGGUGCUGAAAAUGAAUUGGCAACCUUAGCUCGUCGAGUUCAACAGUUGGAGGAAGAAUUGGAAAAAACUGAAGAGAAGACGCGAAAUGUCCAGGUUAAAUUGGAACAAGUUUCUCAAGCUGGAGAUGAAAGUGAGCGACUUCGUAAAAUGUUUGAACAUCGAAAUCAAGUUGAUGCCGAAAGAUUGAAACAAUUAGAGGCUCAGUUGAAAGAAGCAAGAAACGCUGUUGAAGAAGCUGAUAAGAAAUAUGACGAAUUGGCUCGAAAAGUCGCUGAAGUCGAAGAUGAACUUGAAAGAGCCGAAGAAAGAGCUCAAACUGGUGAAAUGAAAAUUUUAGAGUUAGAAGAGGAGUUGAAAGUCGUUGGUAACAAUGUUAAAUCACUGGAAGUCAGUGAGGAAAAGUCCCUUGCUAAACAAGAAGAGUAUGAAGCUCAAAUUCAAGACUUAACAAUGCGACUUCAAGAGGCUGAAUCCAGGGCUGAAUUUGCAGAAAGGUGUGUCCAAAAAUUAUUGAAGGAAGUUGACAGACUUGAAGAUGAACUUUCACAUGAAAAGGAGAAAUAUAAAUCACUUACUGACGAAAUGGAUCAAACUUUUGCUGAAUUAACUGGUUAUUAGGCUCUAGUAGAGGUUAACUUGUUAGAUCAUAUUUCCGAUUUAUGACAAAUACUUCCUUAAGUCGUUAGUCUUGUUGAAUUUUGAUGGCAAACUUCAACAAUAAUUUCUAACAACAUGAUCACAAAUUAUUGGAAUUUUGCCAGAUAACUCAAUAAAAGAGGUUUAUUCACUGUUGAAUUU